GGGCGAGAUGCCACGAUGGUCCAGAAAUACCUACAAAAGUACUACAACUUGAAGACUGGGACCAACAAAUCUGGAAGGCAGAGAAACAGCGGUUUAGUGGCUGAGAAGCUGAAGCAAAUGCAGAAAUUCUUUGGGCUGAAGGCGACUGGGCGGCCAGAUGCUGAGACCCUGCACGUGAUGCAGCAGGCCAGGUGUGGGGUGCCCGACGUGGCUCCCUAUGUCCUCACUGAGGGGAACCCUCGAUGGGAGCACACAGACCUGACCUACAGAAUUGAAAAUUACACACCAGAUCUGCCGAGAGCAGAGGUGGACCGUGCCAUUGAGAAAGCCUUUCAACUCUGGAGUGAUGUCUCACCCCUGACCUUCACCAAGGUCUCUGAGGGUCAAGCGGACAUAAUGUUAUCCUUUGGGGAGGUAAAUCAUGGCGAUAAGUCCGACUUUGGCAGAAUCAGAAGCCUGCUUGCUCAUGUGUUCCCACCAGGAAGGGGCAUGGGAGGAGGUGUUCAUUUUGAUGAGGAAAAAACAUGGACCGAUGACUUCAGAAACUACAACUUGUAUUAUGUGACUGCACAUGAGUUGGGCCAUUUCCUUGGACUACUCCAUAGUGAUGACAUUGGCUCUUUGAUGUUCCCCAGAUACAUCUACUAUGGUGAUGCCCUGCUGUCUCCGAAGGACAUUGAUGCCAUCCAGGCCAUCUUAUGUGCCAACUUAACUUACUUCAGAACUUCUAUUUAUUUUUUAGGACCUUCCACAAAUCCCACCCAGCCGAAAGAACCGCCAAUCCCACGAGCCUGUGAUAGCAAGUUCACAUUUGAUGCUGUCGCCAAAAUUCGUGGAGAAUCAUUCUUCUUUAAAAACAUGUUCUUCCUACGCACAGGUGUCUUCUACGAAACAGUGGAUCCCGACGUCAUUUCUGACUUAGGUAACGGAGUAGACACUGCUUAUGAAGUUGCUAGAAGAGAUGAAGUUUUCUUUUUUAAAGGUGGUAAAUACUGGGCCAUCAAGGGGCACCGGGCACCGUAUGGCUAUCCCAGGGACAUCUACAGCUCCCUCGGCUUCCCCCAAAGGCUAAAGAAAAUCGAUGCUGCCGUUCACGAGGAGGAGACUGGGAUGAUGUACUUCUUUGCUGCCAGCGAGCAUUGGAGGUAUGAUGAAAACACGCAGUCCAUGGAUGCGGGUUUUCCCAAAGAGACAACUCAAGACUUUCCCGGAAUUGGCAAAAAAGUUGAUGCUGUCUUCCAAGAUGGAGGUAAAGAUGAUUUCUAUUUCUUUCGUGGAAAAAGGCAGUACAAAUUUGAUCCUAAAACCAAGCAAAUUUUGACUGUCCUGAAAACCAACAGCUGGUUCCACUGCAGAAGUUCUACUGGGCCCUCUCCUAUCGGUGCAUCCACUGACUUCGCUGAGCAGCUGCUCUUGGUGAGAAAGCUGCGUGGCCCGGCAGCUGGGGGGACAGCCUGUGUGAAGCACGUUCAGGCGCUGAGUGCUGGCCACUGUGUGACCACGUGCGGCCUCUCAGUGACCUUGUACAACUGCUACCCACAGCGUGACAUCAAGAAGAUGCUCUUCAGUCCCUGA